UGUAGAGGUGUAAUUGCGCAUGGCUACGAAUGUUGAGGUGUGAUUAUGCAUGGCCACGGAUGGCCAACAAACACAAGGGGCGGGGUUACGGCCGUACACAAGGGUGGCGCUAGCACCGACGUCCGCAUGUGUAUCCCCCACGGGCCCCCCCUCGGGGGCGAGUCCUAUAAAAGGUGAUGAGCUCGAGGGCUCGAGGUCGGGGACUCAGCUUUAACCAGAGAAGACGGAAGACCAGCUAGUGUAGGCCCCAGAGCUCCCCUGGCUCGCUGUCCUUAUAAGGGCCGACCAGGGCAAGCCGGUGGCGUGGCCCCGAGAGCCCAGACGAAGCUGGUCUGGUGACUCAGGGAGCCGGGAUCCCAGCUUAACCAAGCUGGGACAGAUAGCCUCCCCUAGUCCCGUAGUGGAGGAAUUGGUAUAGGUUAGAGGGGUUAGCUGUCGAGAAUCCCUGUAGCCAAGUGACCUGUUCAACUGUGUUGGUGUAAUAAAUAAGUGUGCCUCCGAUCCUGUCGUCAAGCCUCCAUAUAUACUUACUACAUCUGGGGUCAGAAGUAAACGUCCAACGAUGGACACACGAGGGACGACACGUACCAGGGAGUCGGAGAUGGAAGACGCCGCGGCCGAUUCUCCACCAGUGAUGGCCGGGGUCGAAUCGGAGCAGCCGGGGCCGAGUACGCCCGCGCCGCUACGACAGGAGGAGGGGGAUGCGUCGGCCGAGGGACUCCGGCUGGCCCACUCCCGCCUGGCGGACCUGCUCUACGCCGCGGCCGCCGCGUUGGAGGAGAUCACGCGGCUGGGGGCUGGAGGAGCAGCGCGGGUCGACGACGGCAGCCGGCGCGGGGCGACGUUUCCCGCCACCCCGACGCGGCUCGCGGUCAAAUUUCCCGCCAUCUCUACAGUACGAGCGGAGGGCGGGGCCGGCCCGCGUCACGUGUCUGCUGAGCGCCAAGCACAAGCCGUGACAUCAUCAACGCCGGCCGGCGCGUCAACAUCAGAGCGACCGGCGAUGCCAUGUGCACGGCCCGCCCACACUGUAUCAUCGGCGGGGAGCGACGGAGAGCGUUCUGCGGCCACGGACGCCGCCUUACAACAGCGUCUGCCGCCUCUUAAAGAAUUUGUCGGCGCUGACGGAGACUGGGGCGGCUUCAAGAGGCGGUUCAUCGCUCAUCAAGAGAUGGCGAACUGGUCGGACGCCGAGGCUCUACGCGCGCUGCCAGCGAUGCUGGACAACGACGCCCUGGCUACCCUCACCUCGGCGCCGAGGGAAAAGCGCGCCACUCUACACCUGGCGUUGCAGCUGCUGUCAGCCGUCUAUGGGCCGCCUUCGGACUGCAGGCAGCUGUUCCACGAUCGGAGUCGGGGCGCCAACGAGUCACCCCUGGCCUUCCGGACGGCUCUCCUGGCUCUGGCAAAGGCUGCUUUCCCAAGGAUGGACGAGGAAGGAGUGGAUGCCAUGGUGGCUGAGAAGCUGCUGCUACUCGCUGACGAGCUGGACGUCAACGUCCUGGCUCAGGACGACGCGGAGAUGUCGUCCCUGCUGGUCGCGCGCCACAUCCACGGGGGCUUGCGGUCCCUGCGUCGGAAGGCGGCAAAGGGGGCGGCCGGCCAUGCCAUGGCGACCACCGCCCUCCCAUCGGAGGAGGUCUGCGGGGUGGAGCGGCGAGGGGAAUGGAGAUCGGCGGCACCGCAGGCUCGGAAUGGACCGAGCCGCCAGGAGCAGCCCAGGUCAUCUGGGGCGCUCACACGCUGCUACAACUGUGGCCUGCAAGGCCACGUUGCGUCUGGAUGCCGGGCUCCCCGUCAGCGCGGGGCGACACCUCGUCAGGACGCCACGCCGUCUCCUCCCAAGCUCCAGCAGAGAAAUACGGUGAAACAGGAGUGACGGGUCCACACCCACCAACCCCUCCCGGAGGGGUCGGGGGUCACUCGGCAGCGACGCCUGACUCUCUUGCACCCGGACCGUCAACAACCGUCACUGAGCGUGCCAGGACGGGCCCUUGUGACGGGCCCGCCGCGCGGACGCGCGCCAAAACGCGCAGACUAUUGUGAGGUCGGCCGUUGGGGGGCCUUGCGGACAAUGGGAGGGGUGGCGUCCGGAGUGUGUGUAUAUAUGUUGGUUUUGGGGUAUUUAUUCGGGGGGGGUGCGUCGGGUUAUUUUUUUUUCCUCUCUCUCUCGCUCUCUUCCUGUUGUUGUUCUUGUUAAGGUUCUCUUGUUCUUGUUAGAAAUUACGCGAGGCACACACACGGGGUUUUUGUGAGGGAUGCACCUUUAUUCUGAUUUUUUUUUUUUGCAGCCAGGGACGGCUGCGAGCUGUACAGGGGGGGGUGAUGUAGAGGUGUAAUUGCGCAUGGCUACGAAUGUUGAGGUGUGAUUAUGCAUGGCCACGGAUGGCCAACAAACACAAGGGGCGGGGUUACGGCCGUACACAAGGGUGGCGCUAGCACCGACGUCCGCAUGUGUAUCCCCCACGGGCCCCCCCUCGGGGGCGAGUCCUAUAAAAGGUGAUGAGCUCGAGGGCUCGAGGUCGGGGACUCAGCUUUAACCAGAGAAGACGGAAGACCAGCUAGUGUAGGCCCCAGAGCUCCCCUGGCUCGCUGUCCUUAUAAGGGCCGACCAGGGCAAGCCGGUGGCGUGGCCCCGAGAGCCCAGACGAAGCUGGUCUGGUGACUCAGGGAGCCGGGAUCCCAGCUUAACCAAGCUGGGACAGAUAGCCUCCCCUAGUCCCGUAGUGGAGGAAUUGGUAUAGGUUAGAGGGGUUAGCUGUCGAGAAUCCCUGUAGCCAAGUGACCUGUUCAACUGUGUUGGUGUAAUAAAUAAGUGUGCCUCCGAUCCUGUCGUCAAGCCUCCAUAUAUACUUACUACACUAGUAAC